AUGAAGGAGUUUUGGACAACUAUGGCUUCGGUAAUGGGCGUGUGGGCCUUUUGCCAAAGCAUUCUUCACACAGUCUUCCCACCGGAGCUCCGUUUCGCUUCUCUCAAGCUCUUCAAUCGUAUUACCAACUGGUUCUCCUUGUACUGCUACUACGACAUCACAGAGAUCGACGGCGUCAACACCAAUGAGCUCUACAACGCCGUCCAGCUUUACCUCAGCUCCUCCGCCUCCAUCAUCGGAAACCGCCUCAGCCUCACGCGCGGCCUCAAUUCUAGUGCAAUAACUUUCGGCCUCUCCAACAACGACUGCCUAGUAGAUGUCUACAAUGGCGUCGCGGUCCUCUGGGAACACGUAGUCACACAGAGACAAUCCCAGACCUUUUCAUGGCGGCCAUUGCCGGAGGAAAAAAGAGGGUUCACUUUAAGGGUUAGGAAAAAGGACAAGUCUUUGAUUCUUGAGUCAUAUCUCGAUUUCAUUAUGGAAAAAGCCAAUGAAAUCAGAAGAAAGAAUCAAGAUAGGCUUCUUUACACAAAUUCAAGAGGUGGGUCACUUGAUUCAAGGGGUCAUCCUUGGGAGUCUGUGCCUUUCAAGCAUCCUAGUACUUUUGAUACAUUGGCUAUGGAUCCAGUCAAAAAGUCAGAAAUAAUGGAUGAUCUUCAAGAUUUUGCAAAGGGUGAAGUUUUUUAUCAGAAAACUGGAAGAGCUUGGAAGAGAGGAUAUUUACUUUAUGGGCCACCUGGUACUGGUAAAUCUAGCAUGAUUGCUGCAAUGGCAAAUUAUCUUGGGUAUGAUAUUUAUGAUCUUGAAUUGACUGAAGUUAAUAACAAUUCAGAAUUGAGGAAGCUCUUGAUGAAAACAAGCUCAAAAUCUAUCAUUGUUAUUGAGGAUAUUGAUUGUUCUAUCAAUUUGACUAAUAGGAAAAAGAGUAAUAAUUCUAGUGGGAGAAAUAAGAACUAUGAUGUUUCAGUUUCUCCUCCAGAUAUGAGAGGUGGGUCUGGUUCUGGUGGUGGUGAGGAGGGUGGGAAUUCCAUUACUCUUUCUGGGCUAUUGAAUUUUACUGAUGGGUUAUGGUCAUGUUGUGGGAGUGAGAGGAUUUUUGUGUUCACAACAAACCAUAUUGAGAAGCUUGAUCCUGCAUUGCUGAGAAGUGGGAGGAUGGAUAUGCAUAUAUUCAUGAGUUACUGUUCUUUUCCAGCAUUGAAGAUUCUUUUGAAGAAUUAUUUGGAAUAUGAAGAGGGUGAUUUGGAGAGAGAAAUGUUGGAGAAUUUGGAGGAAGUAAUUGAUAAGGCUGAGAUGACACCAGCUGAUAUUAGUGAAGUUUUGAUCAAGAACAGGAGAGAUAAGGACAAGGCAGUCAGGGAAUUGUUGGAGGCAUUGAGGGUGAGGGCAGAGAAGAAGAGAGAGAAGGGCGGGUCAAGGGAGAGGAACUCAACUGAUGUGGAAGAUGAGGAGGAAGAAAAGAGAGCACUGGAGAGUCCGAAAGAGGGUUGUGAAUCGCAAGAAAGUUUCAAGAAGGGUGAAGAAGAUGAUGAUGAUGAGAAGAUACAUUGA